AUUACAAUUGCUGAUGCAUAUGUUUAAACGUAUCACACUAUAGAGGGUUAACCAAUGUACUUACAAUACUGAAGAGCCAUGCAUUGGUGCAGCAGUAUGGGGCUGGGGUUUGUUCAUUCUCCAUGCAGUAAAACAGCACGGUUUGUGGUAAGUUACAGCACAAAGUCAAAAGGAAACGUUCCGUCACUUAAAAUCAGCAGUGUCAGAAAGAGAAGUAUAAUUGCUUUGACAAGGAACGCUUGGUUUCAUUUCAAUAAAGGGCACAUUGGAGUGCAUGUUAGUGCUUCUACUUGAUUUAGACUUCUGAAUUUGAAUAACACUGACAUGUUUUAAAAAUGAACUCAAGCCAUCUCAACAUUUCCAAUGAGCUGCCACCCCCCUCAGGUAAAUGCGUCCGAGACACCAGCAUCACUCAGGUGGUUUUUCCAUGUCUAUAUACUCUCCUCUUCGCUGUGGGGAUCACCCUCAACUGUCUAGCAGCUUGGAUCUUUUUCCGCAUUCCCAAUUCAACCACAUUCGUUAUCUACCAAAAAAAUGUGGUAGUCGCCGACCUUUUAAUGACCGUGACAAUAUUAAUUAAAACAAUCAGUGAUUCAGGACUUGGAUCUUGGCAGCUGAAGGUUUUUGUAUGUCGAUACUCUGCUGUUGUCUUUUACAUGACUAUGUACAUCAGUAUCAUCCUGCUUGGGCUGAUAAGUCUUGAUCGGUACCUCAAAAUCGCGAAACCCUUUGGAAGAGCCUUCAUCCACAACACAACCUUUGGAAAAGUCCUCACGGUGCUGAUAUGGACGUUAAUGUUUUUUAUAACAGCCCUGCCAAAUAUGAUUCUGACCAACAAGACCCCCUCUGCAUCAAUGAAGAAAUGCAGCUCGCUGAAGGGUCCCCUGGGAUUAAAGUGGCACGAAGCUGUAAACUAUCUCUGCCAAAUUAUUUUCUGGACUGUUCUUGCCCUGAUGGCUAUCUGUUACACCUUCAUAAGCAAGAAAGUGUAUGAAUCUUACAAAAACUCCAGAAGUAAUGAUAAAACAGCCACACGAAAAACAAAGGCCAGGGUGUUUAUCGUUGUGGCUGUGUUUUGUAUCUGCUUUGCUCCAUUUCAUUUUACGAGAGUACCGUACACCCUGAGCCAGACAGGAACACUGUCCAACUGCAGGGCACAGAACAUACUUUACGUGGCAAAAGAAAGUACUCUGUGGUUGUCAGCAACCAACACUUGCUUAGACCCACUCAUAUAUAUUUUCCUGUGCAAAGUGUUUAGAAAAAAGCUGUCUGAUACUCUGAGACUUAAAUCCAAAACUGUUCAGACAACUCAAACCUGGACAAACGCAGAGGAAACACCUAUGUAGCAUGAUGCGCUCCAGCAAGACUGCAAAAGCAAUACAACUGGUUUAUACUGCUAAGUUUUACUUUAUCAUGACCUUGUUAUUUACAGUUACUGCUUUCUGCUUUAUUGUUGUACUUUCUGUUUAAAGUAAGAAGAAUGGUGAUUUUUAUAAAAUAAAUCACCAUUCUUCUAAGAAUGGGCAGUACUGAUAAGAUAACUAAAUCAACUGAAAUACUUUUAAUAAAAAGUGGUUUACAAUAUACAAAAGAUAACAAAUACAAAUAUAUAUAUAUAUAUAUAUAUAGACACAUACAUAUUCUUAAUGAAACAGGCCAAGCAAAAUACAGUUAUACUUGCGGUUGUCGCAAUAAUGCAAAAAUCAGCAUGCGAAGUAACGACAUGUGAUCAAUCUUUAUGCACUGAUGAGUUUCUUUUGCAUGCUUUUGGAAUUACUAAAGGAAUUUCUUGUUUUUUAUUUUUACCAUGUUAUAUUGUAACAGAUUAGUACAUAUUUUUUAAUACUGCAACUGUAUACUGUAAAAGAAAUGCUUCUACAUCUCUAAUAUGUAUUGUAAUUAAAUCAAUUGUAGAAUCUUUUAUAAUUAUAUAUAUAUAUAUAAUAUAUUUCACUAGCUGCUGAAGCACAGACUACAUAUAUAUUUGCCAAAUGUCUAUUCGUAUAGUGUAUACUCCUGAUAACCUGCUCUAAUAGCUUAUGUAUUCACUGAUAUCACUUGAUUAAAUACUGAAAAUGA